GUAAGCAGAAUGGAUGCGCGGGUCUUUGUUGCCGGCCCAUUGUGCGGGCCAUGCUUAUGAAGACUAAUCCAAUCAUAAAUUGCACCUCUGCGCCAAUCAGAGCGCCCAGAGCCGCCAGCGAAUGAAGCUCGAGUGGAGAACUUUGUUGAACUUCAUUGUCAGAGCUGUCACUUUUCAAAGCGCUUUGGCGGGCGGGCCGCUAUAAAACCAUCACCUCGACGGGAAGACCACGGAAGACUCGCCGACGCCCAAGUGGGAUCGUGACUUAGGGACGUUCGCUAAGCCCCAGAGAGGGCACUGCGGGGGCGGGAGGGGCGGGAAGCCAGGCGUUUACCCUCCGGCCACUGGAAGAAGGGUUAUUCCGCCCGCCCCGCGUCUACCAUGAUGUUCCCGGGCCUCCUCGCGCCCCCCGCCGGGUACCCAAACCUCCUGCGGCCCACGCCCACCUUGACCCUGCCCCAGUCCCUGCAGUCCGCAUUUUCUGGCCACUCCAGCUUCCUGGUGGAGGAUCUGAUUCGCAUCAGCCGGCCCCCAGCCUACCUGCCCCGCAGCGUGCCCGCAACCAGCGUAUCGCCGCCCAGGCAGGGGGCUCCCGCAGCCCUCACCGACACGGGGGCUUCUGACCUGGGCUCCCCGGGUCCCGGCAGCCGGCGGGGCAGCUCUCCACAGACGGCCCUCUCCCCUGCCAGCGAGCCCACGUUUCUGAAGUUUGGGGUGAACGCCAUCCUCUCCUCGGCACCCAGAACAGAAGCAUCCCCCGCCUUGCUCCAGAGCGUCCCUCCCAAGACGUUCGCCUUUCCCUACUUCGAGGGCUCCUUCCAGCCCUUCAUCAGAUCGUCCUAUUUCCCAGCGUCCUCGAGCGUCGUGCCCAUCCCCGGGACCUUCUCGUGGCCGCUGGCUGCCCGCGGCAAACCACGCCGGGGCAUGCUGCGUCGCGCCGUGUUCUCCGACGUUCAGCGCAAGGCGCUGGAGAAGAUGUUCCAGAAGCAGAAGUACAUCAGCAAGCCUGACCGCAAGAAGCUGGCGGCCAAGCUGGGCUUGAAGGACUCGCAGGUGAAAAUCUGGUUCCAGAACCGACGCAUGAAAUGGCGGAACUCCAAGGAGCGCGAACUCCUGUCCAGCGGCGGCUGCAGAGAGCAGACCCUCCCCACCAAGCUCAACCCGCACCCGGACCUCAGCGACGUGGGCCAGAAGGUCCCUGGGGACGACGACGAUGAAGACGAGGCCCCGGGCAGCCCCCCGCACCGCCUGGCCUUCCACGCGUCCCCAGAGCCUCGGCACCUGCGGGACGCGCGCCUCGACGGGCCGCUGCCCCCCUCGCCCGCGCACUCCAGCAGCCCCGGCAAACCUUCGGACUUCUCUGACUCCGACGAGGAGGACGAGGAGGGCGAGGACGAGGAGGAAAUCACCGUGUCCUAGGACCGCACCGGCGCGCGCCCGGUACUGGUUUCAGGUGCUUUGGCAUUGAACAGGUGUGAUCCAGUCUGCGCCAAUCGUUUUGUGACCCGGCGGGGAUGCUGCGGCUCCCCACCGCAGUACCUGCACCACGUCCAGGGUCCAGGGCGACGAUUCCGCCCCCCCCCUCUCCCGCGCCCGCCCCAGCACCACCUCGGAGCAGCCCUCCCUCCUUAAAUCUCGGGCUUGGUCUCAGACUUAACCCUCCAUUCUACCUUGUUGAUUGCAAAGCAUUUGGAACUCAGUGCGUUGCGGUUCCAGGGGUUCCUCCACCCUAUGGCCUGCACUACCUCUGAACCAGGCCCUGAUGGUCUUCAGCAUCCUCAGCCCCACACGGAGCUACACCAAGCGCAUAACUGACGCCCAGCCCCCCUGACGCCGUGGGUCCCUACACCUGCCUAUCCUACACUGCAAGGGCCUCCUACCCUGCUGCAGGCUGGGGUACCCCUAGCCCCGACCCCGGCCUUCCCAUAGCCAACCCCUUAGGAAGUGCCCUGAGGACCUGUGGCUCUCCGUCUAAGGAACAAUGUGAAUAUUGACUCUUUGUUCUCAUUUCCCAAAUGCUUUUGGAGGGGGGAGAGUAAGUUCUCAAACUUGGGGGUGGGGGAGGAUCAGUCUGUUUGCUCGUAUGUGUGCGUGUGUGCGUGUGUGCAUGUGUGUGUGAAAGCUUUUCUUUAAUGCCUGCAUCCACAGUAUAUGGACAGCGGACUCUACGAUGUGCCCUAAUAUUUUAUAUCUGGGGAGGGGAUUACAAAGUGUCUAAGCACAGGGGGCACUGUGUGGAUGGAGGGGUCCACAAGCCUUAGAUUUUUUUUUUCUUUCACCGAACUUUGCUGUCUUUGCACAGCUUUUAUGAACUUAUGCUAUUUUGUACACAUGUUGUAUGGCUAUUUUAUACCAAGGUUAUUGUGAAUAACUAAAAAAAGACUGUCUAGAGUGCUUUUUCUCCUUUUUGCAAUGGUUUUUAAACUUUAAAAAGGUAGCGGUUUAAUUGCAUAACUUAUAAAGAAAUAUUUUGUAUUUUUGCCAUGUACAGAAUUUUAUAUAUGUACAUAUGUAUCAAAUGAACAAAUACCAAAUAAAAAGUAGA